UCUCACCGGCGUAGCACACCACCCCCAACCCCUACCGAAAGUAUCCCUUCUCCGCGGAUCGACCAGCCAAGUUCGUUCGCGAUGGAUCGGAAACGCGCGCUUCCUACGGUGCGCGCUAAUUGAAUUCGCGACCGGGUAAACUUUUUUCAUCCCACCCGCGGAACGUUCGAGCGACGAGCGUGUGGGCGUGAGGGUUCGCGGCGUGAACCGUCCGCUCGAGGGGUGUCAUAGAUCCCGGUACCUGGCGUCGCGAUGACACCGAGGACUUUCGAUUGAAACACGGUGGGACAGGUAUUCGCGCGCGACACACGCCGUACGCAAUCAUGGUCGACAAGCUCCACGAGUACGAGGGCUUCGCUGGCAGGCUCCACGGUGUACGCGACAAGAUCAAGGAGAGGUGGGAGGUAUGGAAAGAGUGGAAGAACAGCGUGCCCACGGAUCAAGGGAUCGAGGGAUUCUUAAAUCAUAUUCGGGGACCGCCGAAAUUGGAGAGGACGUUGGACGAUUACGCACAUGUUUACAGGAAAAAGACUCGAGGUGAAUUGGUGCGCGUGUCCGCGGCCGUGAUGGGGAUCGAAUUCUCGUACGCCGCCGAAACGGCCUUCGUUUCACCGACCCUCCUAAAGAUCGGGGUGGAUCAUCAGCACAUGACGCUCGUCUGGGCACUCAGCCCUCUCAUCGGCUUCUUCGUGACUCCGAUUCUGGGGAGCUUGAGCGACAGAUGCAGGCUGAAGUACGGAAGAAGAAGACCCUUCAUCAUGUUGCUGGCAAUCGGCGUAUUGAUAGGAUUGAUACUGGUCCCCAAUGGCGAGGACAUGGGUUACGCUUUCGGCGACACGCCACCCCAUGGGACCAACUACUCGGUCCCCCUCGGUCAUCGAACUACAGCCAAACAAGCGAAAGAGGAUGCUGUGAAGCCACCCUCCCACUCCUGGGGCAUCUUCUUUACGAUCUUGGGCACGGUUCUCCUCGACUUCGACGCUGACGCUUGCCAGAGCCCGGCCAGGGCUUAUUUGCUUGACGUCACUACACCUGAGGAUCACGCCAAAGGGUUAAGCACGUUCACCAUAAUGGCAGGCUUAGGUGGUUUUAUGGGUUACGGAUUGGGUGGCAUUAACUGGGACGCCACUGCGAUAGGAGUGAUGCUGGGUGGACAUCUCCAUGCAACGUUCACUUUAAUUACCAUCAUCUUUGUCAUCUGUGUAUUUUGCACCAUCACCAGCUUCAAGGAAAUCCCUCUGGAAUUACUGGAAAGGGACGAGUAUCAACAGUUACACGAGCAAAUGAUGUCUGCCGAAGGAAAGGAGGACGAGCAAAAGGAGCACGAUAAAAUUACGACGGAAGAGUCCGUCUCUUAUGGGACACUCGACAAUGAUCAAGACGUUGCCACGAAGAAGGAUGAAUUUGUCUUGAAACCUCUGCCAGUAAAAGAGCCGGAACGAAGAGCUGGACAAGUGCCUAUGAUACCGGACGCCAUACCUCAGGAAGCCAGUGGCGAUAAAUCUGGCUUCGAGGAGAGCGGCGAGAAUCCUAAGGCUACUUUGAGGGAAUAUCUUCUUUCGAUCGUGUACAUGCCGCACAGUCUGCGCAUGGUGUGCCUGACGAACCUGUUCUGUUGGAUGGCCCACGUCUGUUACUCGCUCUACUUCACGGAUUUCGUCGGUGAAGCUGUCUAUGGCGGCAAUCCGCAGGCACCGGAUGGCACCAAGGAACGAGAACUGUACGAAAGUGGCGUUCGUUUCGGGUGCUGGGGGAUGUCCAUGUACUCGCUCUCCUGCUCGUGUUACUCGUUGAUCAUCGAGAGGCUGAUAGAACGCUACAAAGCUCGAAGAGUUUACAUCUGCGGCCUGCUGUUCUACAGCACCGGUAUGAUGAUGAUGGCGCUGACCAAACAUCCGGUGGGGGUGAUCAUAUUCUCUUGGACAGCAGGCGUUAUGUACUCCACUUUGUUCACCAUGCCGUACUUGUUGGUUGCACACUAUCACGCUUCGUCGACGUUCGAGGUGACAGCCGAUGGAGAAGCCGUUCAAAGCGAGGGAGUACGUGGUCUCGGUACAGACGUAGCGAUCGUCUCGUCGAUGGUCUUCCUGGCGCAAUUUCUGCUCUCCUGCUGUCUAGGGACCAUCGUCAGUCAGUCUGGAACCACCACGGCGGUGGUGUGCGUGGCGAGCACCCUCGCCGCUUGCGGGGCCAUUUCUGCUACGCAAGUCAUGUAUUUGGAUCUCUGAACUCGAUUCAGAUAGAAGAUACGCGACUCCAUGCUAAUCUUGUUUGUCUACCUCCCGGCCUUCGAGGUAUAAUUGGCGGGAAGAAAUACUCGAGACGCAGUCGAGAAGUUUGUUGACCCAUUAAGUACCAGUGUACCAUUCAGGAGACUUCGAAAAGUAAUCGUUUAUCUUUCUGUUUAAAAUACAAGGAAUAUUAUACUUGAUCAGUCAUAUUGUUAGUUAAUUUGGUACCUAAUGCGUUAAUAAACAUCACCCCAUUGUUUCUGUUUACUCGAUGCUCGAAGUCGCCACCCACCCCGUCUUCAAGCGAACUGGCCAUUUUGUCACUUGAAAGCGGGUAUUCCGGCGUUACGAUAGAAACAUGGCGAAACAGGAUUGUUAUUUUGUAUGAAGGAUAAAUAAUUUUCAUCGAUACACUUUGAACCUUUUGAAACUACGGUUAAAAUUCUUUGGGGUUGACAAAUGUAAAAUGUGUUUCUCGUUCAGAAAUCUCGGAGCAUUUGGUCUGUACAUACAAAAAAUAUACUUGUGUAACGAUUAUUAUUAUAAAUUAGAUUAGUUAUCUCGUCAUGAAUCAUGGCUAUUGGAUCCAUAGUGUCUAUAGAUUUUAUAAAACCGGGGAUCGUUAAUAAUUCCAUCGUAUGAAAAGGGGUGACGAAUCGAAAAUUUUUUUCGAAUGGUGUUUUAACGGUCGUCGGUAAAAAAGAUUAUGGUCACGUGGCAAGAAUGUUAUAUAUUUAAAAAAAAACAACCGUUGACACCUUUUCGUUAAUAACAGCUUUCAUGAAGACAAGUGCUUGUUCGUGUAAUAAGAAUACCGUGUUAACGAUGCACAAAUAAUGGCUCCAUGUAUUUAUGGCAUGUCGUAAAGUUGCAACUUUACGUCGU